AUGGACAGCACCAAGAAUUCCAAGAAGUCAAAGGCGGAAGAGAAGGACAAAGUCAAGGAAUUACAACGAAAAAUGGUGGAGCGGAACCAAGAACAUGAAGAUCAAUUACAAGGCCUGGCGGAGCAGAACUUUCGGCUCAGGCGACAACUUACGAAAGUAAGACUAGCGGCGGUAAGUUUAACUUUUGUUGCAAAUUCUUGUCUUUAAAAAUGAUUUUUAAGUUUUUUAAAUAUUUAUUUUUAUAUAAGUUAAGCUAUUGUAUUCGCUGUUACUAAUGUAUGUUAUCUUAUAGGAUAGCCAUGGGUUGGGAUUGUGCGUUUACGUCCAAUUUUGUUCUAUUGUCUUUCUGAACUCGUCUGUCUAUCUUAAUCUGGGCCUUCCAACUGGUCUCUGACCUGGGGGAGUCCAAUUUGCUUAGUUUUUUAACCGUAAAAAUUUCAGCGGCAUACAAUCGACUCACCUGAUGAGAAGGUUGCAACCGUCAGUCCAGUGGUCCCGCCGCCAGCUCAAUCUUCAACCGCUGUAAUGGAUAAUACGGGUACCAAUAAUGGAACUAUACAUAUUGAACACGGCCAGCACAUCAAGGUAUGAAGUAAUUUAGGAUCUUAGUGUAAAAUAUAUUGUUUUUGUUAUGAUAAAAACUAACAAAUUAAAAAUAUUUUUUCUGCAAUUGAUUUGAAUGAUAAAAAUUACAGAAGACGAAAAACUAUAAUAUAAUUCUGCCGCAACCCAUAGUAGUCAUGCCCUUAGACGUGGCGUUAAUUCAAUUGGACAAGACACUGGAAAAGGUGUGUGGUAUCAAAAAAAGAAAAGAAAAAGUAAGUUUGAGUAUUGUUUGUUAAAAAGCGGAACCAUUUAAAGAUUAUAUCUGUCAUAUAUUGCGUUGUGUUAGAAUUUAGCUACUUUAACACGGUAUUUACAGAUCCCAAUACCUAAAGCUUUUCCUCGGCACGUGGAGUACAGUUUUAGUUACGACUUGGAAAAAGUACAAGAACAAAUGCCAGCCAGACGCCUUCAAACAAAAACACAACAGAAGCAGUCAUGGCAAUUACGCUACCUGAUCAAGAAGAACAAAGAUCAAAAGCCGCUGACGCCGUACGACGUGUACUUAGUGGUUGGAUACAGCCAACUGUCGACCUCGUUCCAACCCGUCGAUGGCCCUACCUUCUACAGUCUAUAUGAGAUUCCUGCCCCGAAUCCUAAAUAA